AUGGCUACCGAGAAGACCCCGCUACGUGGCGAGCAGUACGCCUCUGACGCUCAGAAGCGCAAGCGUAUCGUCGGUAUCACAGGCGCCGUCGUGGUGCUCGCAGCUAUCAUCGUCGUGCUAUGGCUCACGCUUAGCGGCCACAGCUCCAAAUCGACCGAGGUGACAGGGCCAACGACCCCCAAGCCAGCUCCCGCUUUAAGGCCAGAGGCUCCUGCAAACGCAGUGCCUGCUAAACAUGAGGCCCCUACUCACCCCGCUGCUGAGCCUGCUAUCCCUGUCCCGGCGCAUUCCCAACCUCCCCAACCUCCCCAUGCUAUCCCUGUCCCGGCGGCCGUCCCUCAGCCUCCCCAUGCCCAGCCUACUACUGCCCACGCUACCCCCUAA